AUGGGCCUCCACAAGGGCUUCUUCGUCGCAGUUGCUCUCCUCGCUCUCCUCAUUGUUGCCGCUCCAGCUGAUGCGAUCACAGAUGAGUCUCAGCCCCGCGAUGCAACCAUCGUCGAUGCCCCACUCACUGGCAGGGGUGCCAAUGCUCGGUAUUUACGGACUAGCACAUCGAUCAUCAAGGCCCCCGACGCCCAGCUACCGAGUACAAAGGCUGCGAUCGCAUCGUCUGUCACCAAGGAAGAAGAGGAACGCAAGAUCUCGACCGGUCUCAGCAAGCUCAGGCAGAAGCUGAGCAAGCGUUUUCACGAUAUCCCGGACUGGCUGCUUCAGCUGCAGGCUUUCCUGUCCGUCGGACUACACCACCUAACGUAA